UUAUCGACUUCUCAUCAACAUAAUAAUAAAUUACUGCCUUUAGACUAGUCCUAUUUUAAUAACGAUACGUUUAAUAAGUGAGACGGUCGUAUGGUGUUGUAUUACAAACGAGACUUUUAUAAUUUAUUUGCGACAACUUUUAUUUACUUAUUCUAUAAUGAUAUCACAACUACGAGUGUUCUAGUGUUUUUAUUCAAUAUUUUACUGUGUUGUGUUAACCUGUGUUAAGUUUAAAUUGUGAGUGUAAAUAAUAAUGAACUUAUCGUUUGCUGGUUGUGGUUUUCUCGGUAUUUAUCAUGUUGGUGUUGCAGUGUGUCUUAAAAAAUAUGCACCACAUUUGCUUUUAGGCAAUAUAUCUGGCGCCUCCUUCGGCGCUAUUUCUGCCUGUUGCUUACUUUGUGACCUACCAAUAGGUGAAAUUACAAGCGAUGUCUUAAGAAUAGUGAGCGAAGCGCGGGCCGGGUCCUUAGGACCCUUCAGUCCCUCGUUUAAUAUUCAAAAUGUACUGCUCAAUAGUAUGCAAAAGUAUUUGCCACUCGACGCCCACAAGAUCGUCAGUGGCAAGCUUCACAUAUCCCUCACCAGGGUGUAUGAUGGCAAGAAUGUCAUUGUAUCAGAGUUUGCCACAAGGGAGGACCUAUUGCAGGCCUUGCUAGCGACAUGUUUUGUGCCAGUAUUCUCUGGCAUGCUGCCGCCUCGUUUCCAUGGCAUACGGUACAUGGAUGGUGGGUUCAGUGAUAACCUUCCUGUUCUUGAUGAGAACACGAUCACCGUCAGCCCGUUCUGUGGCGAAAGCGACAUUUGCCCGCGGGACACUAGCUCGCAAUUAUUUCACGUUAAUUUAGCAAACACAAGUAUAGAACUGUCAAAACAGAAUAUGAAUAGAUUCGCGCGAAUUCUAUUCCCGCCAAAACCAGAGGUUUUAAGUAAUAUGUGCAAACAAGGUUUCGACGAUGCUCUACGAUUUCUGCAUAGGAAUAACAUGAUAUCGUGCACAAGGUGUCUCGCAGUACAAUCAACAUACCAGUUACAAGAUGUUUUAGAUGACAGCACAUUUGAGUAUAACCCUGAAUGUGAAGAAUGUAAAACCCAUAGAGAAGACGCGCUCGUAGACGACCUACCCGACACAGUGAUGACGAUAUUCCAAAACGCGAUCGACUCGGCGAACAACGGGAUCAUCAAUUGGGUGAUGCAGAACCGCGGCAUGCGAUGCGUCUCGCUGCUGACGCUACCCUACCGGAUACCGGUCGACGUUGUGUACGCUACAUUUACAAAGUUCGUAGCGUGCACUCCAAAGAUGAGCAAAUCGCUGUGGCGUCUCAGCUGGCGGUUGCUUCGUCAGUUGCACGGUUUUAUGUAUUCAGCCCAUGAUCGCUCCGAAGUCGCCAGGGUGUACUAUAAGCUCACCAUGGAUAGAGAUGACCAUCGGCUGGAUAAGAGACGGGCCAGCGAGCUGUGCGUGACGUACGGCGAUGUGCCCGCGGACGCGGAUACCUUCGAGCACAUACUCAAUGUGACCAAUCACAAUGAUGCGCUACUUGCUUAUUAUUACCUCGAUGGCGAUAAUAAGAUGAAAAUGACGGAGAUAUACGACGUGACGGACGCGGACACGGACGCGGUGCAGUCGCCCGCCGAGCGCGACCUCAACCACCAGCUGCAGUUCGACAACGACUGGUCCGGCGAGCUCAUUGCCGACGAUGAAGCAGACUUGGACAUAGAAGAACUAGAUCGCAACAUAUUUUCUGAUCCAGAAAGCGAAUGGACUCGCCGUAAGUCUUACUCCAUUGAUUCCAGCAGCGACGGCGACCAGCCGGAAUCCGAUCGACCAAUCCUAGAACACAUAGACUGCGAAAGAUUAGCGAAGACAGUGAACAAGAGAGCAGUGAUCCUCACAAACUUUAUGCUCAGUAACCUCGUGGAAGCAACAUCACAGUUACUCUCGAAUACUACCCUACUAAAUUCACUGACGUUGGAGGGUCUGCCUUUGAAGAUACCUUAUUUGAACCCUAUUUGUGAGGCAAUUCUAUCUAACAAUUCCCUGCAACACCUUUAUCUACCGAGGUGUCUCAUUGGUGACGCGGGCUGUUUGGCCCUGUGCAAGGCCGUGCGAUGUCUGCCCAAUAUCCUUACUUUGGACCUCAGCGGUUGCGAACUCACACCGCUUGGUGCUGGGUAUAUUGCUGAUUUAGUCAAGUAUCAAAAGAUACACCGAUACAGCGAGAAUUGGGUGCACACGCUCCGCUACAGAUUGCCCGAGCUGGACACGAUGGCCGGCUUGCGGAGAAUCACGCUAUGUGGUAACCCACAGCUCGGCGAUAUGGGCGUUGGGAAACUGUUAGACGUGUUGGCUGAUGAUUUGUGGAUCAAAGCAUUGGACAUACAAAACUGCGGCCUAUCAGACGAUUGCGCAGCGGCGGCGCUACAAAUGAUGCAUUCAAAUACCACCCUUGUGGUGUUGGACAUGAGACAUAAUUCUAUUGCGUGCGAGUUCCUCUCGAAAAUCAGAUCAGCGUUGAGAGAUAACGAAAGAGGUGCAGCGGGAGCGUAUUCUUGGUUGAGUGUAAGUGGAAGUUCGACAGACGCCAGAUCGGUAAAAUCUAUUUCCAAAAAUGGAAUAAUAAAAGACCGAGUGGCGUCGAAUGUGAGAAAUGCACCAGGGAAAUAUGCGACGAAGACUAGUGUAAUAAAAAAGGAAAAGGACUAUACGGAAGUUCUGGAAGAACAGCUACAAGAGGAGAUAUCGCAUCGGCAACAACUGGAGGAGCUAAACCUUCAGCUGGUGGAACAGAUGAAACAGUUGAAACGGCAGCAGAUGCAGCUGUGGGCGAACAACACGGCUUCUUCUGGGUCAGAACAAUCGUUCCAAGCCAGUUCUCAUUCGGGCGACUUUUCGAGCAGUUCAGAAUCGACGAGCUCCGUUCCAAUCGACCAAAAUACACUCGCCUAUAUACAGCAAGCUUUCAAGGAUAUAUAUGCAUUUAUCAAAAACAAUCAAUGCCACGGACAAUGCGAAGAAUGGAAAAAGAAGGAUACGGAAUCAUCGCAAUUCGAGGAGUCAGAUAGGGAAGAAGAGGAAAUUCGUGUCAACGUGAUAGCAAAGAAAGCGCAGAGUACACAUAUGAAAAUGGUCGACAACGUCAACAGGAAUAAGAUGACCAAAUCGGCACAUUUGUUGAGCGACAUGCAGCAUAGAGAUAUGGUUGACAUGAAGCCAGAUAUGAUAGAGAAACAAAUGGGAGACACAAAGAGCUCGUAUACCAAUGAACAGAAUAUACUCAACGAAAUUAUUGCUGGACAGAAAGAUGUGAAAAAGGUAAACACAAAAAACAAACAAGGAAAAAAGUAAAUACCAAUAUCCUAU